AUGGGUAGAACUUCUAUUAUUAGGGAUGUGGCUUCUGAUACAGAUUUAACGGCAUUGGUAUAUGCAGGAGGCGGAGGAAGGUGGGGGAUUCUGAUCUUUGUUGAUUAUAGUAAAAAUGAAAAUAUUGCUAGUGAAGUAAACAAAACAAGAUUAGGGCCCAAAGAUUUUGAGAUUGUUAAAGUAAUAGGAAGAGGAGCAUUCGGAGAAGUACAGCUGGUACGACAAAAGUCAACAAGGAAAGUAUUUGCAAUGAAGUUAUUGAAUAAAUUUGAAAUGAUCAAGAGAUCUGAUUCAGCAUUUUUCUGGGAAGAGAGAGAUAUCAUGGCACAUGCAAAUAGCCAGUGGAUAUUACAGCUUCACUGUGCGUUUCAAGAUGCUAGAUAUCUAUUCAUGGUGAUGGAUUACAUGCCAGGUGGCGACUUAGUAAACUUGAUGAGUAAUUAUGAUGUGCCAGAGAAGUGGGCAAGAUUUUACACUGCUGAAGUGGUGCUAGCGCUUGAUGCUAUUCACUCUAUGGGAUAUAUUCACAGGGAUGUCAAACCAGAUAAUAUGUUAUUAGAUGUUAGUGGUCAUUUAAAAUUAGCAGAUUUUGGUACAUGUAUGAAGAUGGACAAGGAUGGUAUGGUAAGAUCAGAUACGGCUGUGGGAACACCAGAUUACAUAUCUCCUGAAGUUUUAAAAUCACAGGGUGGUGACGGAUAUUAUGGGAGAGAAUGUGAUUGGUGGUCAGUGGGUGUAUUUAUCUAUGAAAUGUUAGUUGGUAAGAUGUUGAAGGAUGAUAAAAAGGGGCGUGACCAGGUACCAGCUGAGUUGGAGCGGAGGAUGAAAGAGAUGGAGUCCCAGCUGGACAUGGAGAAGACAGCCAAAGAAGACAUUGAAUUGAGAUACGAGACAGCCACUAGACGACUAGAGAAAAUAGCUAGAGAGUUAGAUGAUGAGUCUGAUGCAAGAAGGCAGUUAGAUAAUAGUUAUAAAGAGCGGGAACGUGUCAUAAGAAGUCUACAGUAUGACCUGAAAGAAACGAAAAGGAGACUUGAACACGAAGCAGACAUCAAACACCGGAUGGAGACAGAAAAGAUGGAUUUACAGAAAAAGAUAGAGAGCUACAGGAAAGAGGAGGAGAGACAAACAACCAAUUCUCAUCACGUCACCGAUAGAUUAAAUCUUAUCGAAAGACGCAACACAGAGUUAGAAAAACAGUUGAGGAUUGAAACAGAAGCAAAUCAUAGACUAAAGAAGAAUAAUAGUGAAGUACAGAAGAAUUUUUCCAUGGUGGAGCAUGCACAUAAUGACUUACAAGAGAAAUAUAAACAAGUUAUAGAGGCCAAGCUUUCCUUGGAAAGGGAACUCAUCACAGUGCAGUCAUCGCUAGAUACAGAGAAAGGUGCGACCCAAUCCACCCAGGACUUACUCAGUGAGCUGGAAGCACGUAACAAAGCUUUACAGGUGGAAAUGUUGUCAAUGAAACAAAAAGAAGCCAAACUAUCAUCAGAUUUACAAAAACAUCAAGAGAAUAUUCUGGUAUUAGAAAAGGCUAAAGCUAAUACAGAGUUUGAGUUGAAGUCUUUUCAGCAUCGCUACGAUCAAGCAGUCUUAGAGCACAAAGCACAGUUAGCCAGUAUCAGCGCUGAGCGGCGGCGAUUUGACAGAACGAAAGAGGAGCAUAAUCUAGAACUAGUAGCAGAUAUGAAAUUAAAAUUGACCGAAGAAACCAUGGCUAGACAGCAAGCGGAGAGUAAAUGGGCAGAGGAUGCAAGACAGAGAUCGAUAUUACAGGUGGAACUAAGGCAAGCGGAACAACAGUUACAGAGGGUGGAUGAACAAAGGAAAACUAGCGAAGAAAAGGUGAAGCAGUUGACUUUACAGCUGGAACAAGAGGCGCAGAGAAGGACUUUAAUAACUAAUGACUACAAGAGUGUAUCACAAGAAGUUGCCAAACUUAGGUUAUCUGAGAAACAGUACAAGAAGGAACAAACUGAAUUGAAAGAGUUACUGAAGAGCCAAGAUGAAAAAGUCGAGAAAAUCAAACAUAAUUUGGCUUUGAAUGAACUUCAGAUGAAAGAGCUACAGGAUCAGUUUGAGGCUGAGCAGUAUUUCUCAACAUUAUAUAAAACACAAGUUCGCGAACUCAAAGAGGAAGUCGAUGAAAGAGCGAAUCAGACGCAAGAUGUACAAGAUACUGUGAACAAGCUUCAAAAUGCAAGGGAUUCUCUGAUGGCGCAACUGGAACUGACUCUAACCAAAGCCGAUUCAGAGCAACUCGCGAGGUCCAUUGCCGAAGGACAGUAUGCUGAUCUGGAGAAAGAAAAGACGAUGUUAGAAAUGGAAAUGGAGCAGAUGAGACUGACUCAUAAAUCAGAGAUGAAUGAGAAAAACAAUAUUAUCACUAUGCUUGCUGUUGUAUACAAUGUACCAAAUUUGCAAUAG